AUGGUCGCAUCACUCGAAGGCUUGCCCGCCGAGCUGCUGGCUCGAGUGGUGCACUAUGUCCCUCGACCCGCUCAUCUGAAGUCGCUAUGCUUGGUGAGCAAGACUUUGCAGAACACUGCCACGCCAGCCCGGUACAGAUACGUUGAGCUCGACGAACAUUCGAAGGGCUGGCCAGACCUAGAAGUCGGUCACGGUCUCCUGAGUGCUGACAAGCCUGGCCUUGCACAUGUACGCGAGCUCUGCUGCUGGAACGUUGACCCCGAGAGCGAGACCCGUGCGGCAGCAUCUGUGCGACUGCUUCUACAGUACCUGCCUUGGGAUAGUCUCGCUACUUUUCACGGCUCCGACAUACCAAUAGACAAGGCCACUUUAGUGGCGCUGCUCACACAGCAGACUCGGCUGAAACACCUCAUUCUUGGGCCUCUCUGCUUCGACAUUAACCCACUCCUGCAAGCUAAAGCUUUCACUGAACACAUUUGGGCCAAGCUUGAGACUCUGAGCAUACCUAAGAGACUCGACAGUGUGCAAGAUCUGGUCGCAUACCGUCAUGUCAUACGAAAGGCGCCCCGGUUACGGACGUUGCAGGUGUCGUGCCACGAUCUUGGGACAACUGAUACCAACACCACGAAUUCAUCCCCAGAAAGUCCUGUGUUCGGCUACCUUUUCCCUCCAACUGUGGGCGGUUGCUUGCCCCAACCUCCGCUCAAAUUGCAGAAGCUGAUGUUGAGGGAUAUCGACCUUACCGCAAUCACAAGCAGGUUCUCCGAUGUAUUCGACAUCCACUCGCUACAGUCUCUGGAAAUUGACGAUUGUCUUGACUGGCCGCACCUGCUGACUGACCUCGCUGGGGCAUUCGCAAAGCAUGGAUCGUCUCUGCACAGCUUCUGUCUGACCUCUUGGCGCUCCUGUCACGAGCCCGUAGAACAGCUGCUACGAUCGGUCAAGAACCUGCGAACAUUGCACCUUUUGUCAGCCGAGCAUGACAAUCCAAUCGCGUUGAACGCAUUGGAUGGGUAUCUGGCUUCGCUAGUCGACGUUUUCGUGGUAUACGACUGGUGUGGCACAGGCGACUACGCUCCCGGUAUCCAGCAGCUACACGAGGCGAUAGCCACAAAGAUGCCAUGCCUCGAGCGACUUGGCGUUGCGCUGCCGCCCAUUUGCAUCUUGGAUGCUGCUGCUGAGGAGUCAAGCAGACACAUGUCCUGCUUGCGCUCACUAGUUGCGGUACCCAAGCUCGAGCUGCUACGCAUCGUGAACUGGCCAAGCAUGCCGGCUGAUUCAUUCGCGGACCCUGAAGAGGUGGACAAUGAGACGUCUCGUCGUCGGUCAAAUCGCGCAUUGUACCAGUAUGCAGUGAAAGACUUCAUGCUUUCCAGUCUACAACAGGCAUUUGAGUCAGCCAAGAGACGACCAGGAAGCUGUGUCGUCUGUAUGGAUAGCAUCUGUGACGAUCGAGGAUCGGAUGGAGCUGUAAAGACACCGGUAGAUAGCCUCUAUUUCACCCCGGGCAAGGAAGCUGACAUGUACGGAAAUACGCGAGUCAAUGCGCUCCAAAUCACGGUGGUGGAGGCCCGGUAUUUUCUAGAGUGCGACGAUAUGUUCUGGGCUUUUUCAUGA